AUUAACCCCUUUCCUCUUGUUUCCUUCUCCAACUCAAUUGCAAAAGCCUUGCUUCCAUAUAAAGAAGGUCAUUGUGGCAGAAAAAAAAUAGCAAAAAAAAUCAGAUACAACGACAAAUAAGACAAGUAAACAAGCGAAACAGCUGCUGAACGAGGGUGGGCAGCGGGGAACAAUGGCUGCUAAUAGCUGAACUGUAACAGUGCCUAUCAUCAGUAUAUGUGACUGUGUGUGUGAGCGUGUAUUGGCGUCGUUUGCUUAUUAGAACAUGCAAACAACCAGUUCUAAUAAGAGUGACAUGCAUACAUCUAUUAUGAAAUAUAGUUUAUGUACAAAAGGGGGAAGUGGUGGCAAAUACUACAUUACACUAGUUAACAUGGACAUUAUCAAUGAAUGCACACACUCACCUAUGCACAAAACCCUUUUAACAUGCUGUUAAUAGACUAUAGCUGACAUCAUCAUAACAGUGGAGAGGAAAUAGCUCAUCAAAUUAACAUUUUUAAACUUGCUGUGCAGUGUAAAGUAGCUCUAUCUCUGUUUACCAACACAGAUGCGUGCAUUGACACACUAAACACACGCAUAUGCCUGUGAGUGUGUGAAUGCGCAACAGCUGAUGCUGUCUUUGUGACUUGCAAACUUUUUCAACUUGUUUUAGAAUUAUUUCAAGCUUUUUAAACAUUGUUUAUUUUUGCUCAGCUGAUGUCAUAUUGAGGUUAGCUUAAUAUAUAAUUACUUGCCAAUCAAGCUCACUGUCGCUAUCUCGUUCUUUCUAAUUGCCUCACCCCACUCCUCUCUUGGGGAUUUUCUGAGCAAAGUGCAUGUGACGCACUAGCCUAAACAACAACUAAAACAAAAUAAAAACAAAACAAUCAAUAUUUCUGCUUAUGGCGAAAAUAUGAAAAAGAAAAACACUUAAAAAAUACUAUCGCAAGUAAUUGUGUUAGUGUGUGUGUGUGAGACAAUAACAAAAGCCACAACAACAGCACUAACGAAGCUGAUAGACGCGCGUCAUAAAGCGAGAACAAAGAGAAACUGAGCAACAAGAGAGAGCGAGAGAGAGAUAUCAAACGAAACGCUUUCUAAUCAGAACAAAUCAAUUAGCAGGUGAAUGCACCGACCGACAAAAAAGCAAUUAGAAAUUCUCCCUUUGCAUUUAAUUGAAUGGCAAGUUCAAGGGCACAGGUUGCUGUAUCGAUUGCAGGUGGAAGGGAAAUGUAUUUAUUGUGAUAACUCAGUGUCAAGCACGUGUUGGAAACCUGCUUGAAUAGUGCACCAAACCGAUUCAACAUUUUGUUGUUAUUGUUAUUGUUAUUGUUUACGCCAGCUGUUUACACCACACAAGUUGGCCAUCGUUAUUGCGUGCUGCUUUCCUUCUUCUUAUUCGCGAAGCGAUACUCUUUUGUCAAUAUGAGUCUGUGACACGUUUUAAUGCCCUUUGGCUCAAAAGUCCAUGUUUAAUAUUGAUAACACUCCCGAAAUUGAUAAUUGAAAAGAAAUAAAUUAUAGAAAAUAUUUAUAUUAAGAAACAACUUGAUGAUUUAAACAUUUGUAUACCAUAUAGAGUGUGUAAUCUGCGGCUUUUUAUUUUACGAAUGCGAAUGAACCUCACUGCACCUGGAACAUAUUUAAUUUAUUACCCUCUUGUUUACACUUUGUUCGCUUACAGCUGAGAUUUGUAUGCGUCAUUUUUAAAUAAACUGCCAAAGUCACAACAACGCACAAAAAUAAAAAAUAAUUUAAUCAUGUGUUUGCUAGUUAGUUAGUAAACAUCAACAACCGAAUAGAAAUAAAAACAAAACCGCAAACAAGGCCGCCGUGCUAUUGAUUUUCAGGGGGGUUCAAGUCCCACAUAAGCUGAGAAAAGACCUUGAGCCUCAUUUUUUUGCGACGACGCCUUCUUUGUUAGCAACUAGUUUUGAUUUCAUAAACACUGUAAACAAAAACAAAUAGAUAAACAAAUCGCCCGAGCGCAAGACACGUGUUGCGCUCAGCAUACGAUUUGUUGCUCUUUUGAUUUUAGUUUUGGGGGAUACCGUGAAACGUGCUUGGCAUAAAAUGUAGCGCAAAUUAUCGCAAGCUCAAAAGUUUUCCAUGGCCCACAAAAAUGGGUUUGUAUAAUUUCAAGUACGUAUGAAAGCUCAAAGCUGCUGUUUGCUAAUUUUCAAAGUACGCGCACUCGCUUACGUUGUGCAGCACUGCAAAUUCCAACUGGCGCUUGCAGACCAACACAUCUUUACUUCUGAAACUAACAAAUAUUAAACUCACGAAAUAUACAAUACGAAGGAGAUAAGACUAAAUUAGCAAUUAUACUCUAAAAAUUUGUAAGCCGUUUGAUUUUGCCGCAGAAAUGAAAUGCUUAUUAAUUAAUUUAAGCGAACAAUGGAAAUUUCAAAAUAAUGCGCGCUCGCUUGCUCAUUUGUUAUACAACACUGACCAGUCACACAGAGACCACAACGAUAUGGCAACGCCCGUCAUUCCAAAAUACUUGAAAAAAUACCAUAGGCGCAGUCAAAACAUAAACAACAACAAAGCGCCCUGCACAUUGUGACAUUGAAAAUGGCGGAAAUUGAAACACAAAUUGAUUGCCAUAAAGUUAAAGUGUGAAAAAUCAAUCAAUUCCCAAAUGGAGCAGCGUGCUAAUUUCCUCGCAUUAACGCUGCUUGACGCGCUCGAGGAUGAAAACGAAUCCGAUAUAUUCUCAAUGCUCGAACGCAACACAAUCGACUGCAGCAUUGUUCCCUGUGAUCGAGGAUUGGCUCCAUUGCAUUAUGUGUGUGGCAUGAAGAACGUGCCACUUGCACGACGCACCCUCGAACGCUUUCUCGGCAGUGAUCAGCAGCUGGAUGUGAAUGUGCGCUGUGAUGGAAACAUGACAGCUUUGCAUAUUGCAGCGAUGUAUGGCAGAGUUGAGUUGGUGCCGCUGUUACUGCAACAUGGGGCACGAUUGGAUCUGCUGGACGAUGAGAACAAGUUGGCUAUGCACUAUGCCAUCGAGGAAUGCCAUUUCGAAGUGCUGCAGCAGCUCAGCGAGCACAUUCUGCAGGAGAAAAAGAAGCAGCAGCUAAAGACGCCCAAAUCGAAUUUGAAGUAUAAUCAUGAUGUGACUUCGCCUUACUACAUUAAUAUCACACACAGACGCAAUAAGCCGCAACCCAGCUACCCAGACAGAGAGGAGCGGGACCAGGAGGAGCGGGUGAAUCUCUUUACUUUGACGCGUGAUCAUUUGGAGGAGUUGUCGAACAAACAGGAGGAUCAGCAAGCAACUGGAGGCAAACGCACUUUGAUCGAGAGCUGGCGGGAUAAAGUGGAGCGUUCGCGUGCUCGCAAAUCACUGCUGCAGGUGGAGCAUGUGGAGACAUUGGUGGAUCAAGCUCUAAGCCAAGAUGACUUCGAUUAUGAGCAGCAGUUGCACCAAGCACUAAGAGAGGAGCAAGAGCAGGAGCAGCAGCAGGAGACGGUUGCAGAGCCAGCUAGCGAGGCAGGCAGAGCUGCCUUUGGUCAGUUGGUGGAGCAAGUGGCGCAGGCUGCAGUGCUCGAGCAGAGUUAUCACACGGCCCAGGGCGAAGAAGUGCCUCCCUUGGUCAAGAAGGAUGAGGAGUACUAUCUGCAGAUGACGGAGGCGUAUGUGCACACAGAUGACGAGAACGGAUUCGUCUUCUACGAGACCAAGUUGUUGCAGCAGCCCGCUAAAAAGGCGCAAGCGAAGCCUCGCCCUCCUCCAACUCCACAACUCGAUAGCAGCGUAAGCACAAAUUUAACGCUGCCCCUAGACUACGAAACGGAUGCGUUGCGUGCCGAAUUGACACAGCUGGGCGCCACAGUUGGACCCAUCACACACACCACAAAGCGUCUCUACAUCAAGAAGCUGAUCAAAUAUAGAAGGAAUACGGAUGCGUUGCUUACAGCGCAGCAGCAUGCGAAGGCGGCACAGAUGAAAUAUUCGGUGGAAUUGCACCAUACGUUGCGUUCGCAGUUGGAUUAUGAACACAUCGAGGGCUAUAUGCAGCAUGAAGUGGACUCCGCAGCACACUUUGCCACAGCAGCAGCGGGAACGGGCCGUGGUCAACUCAGAGAAGGUCAUCUGAAGCAGAGUUUCAUCUAUAUGCUAAUUGAUCCACGCAUCUCGCGAAAUUUGCCAGGCGAACGCAAUUAUCUGGAGCCAUUGUUGAUUUGGUCGCGCUUCUUGGACUCUAUAUUUUAUGUGGGUAAAGGCAAGUGUUCGCGUCCCUAUGCGCAUCUCUAUGAUGCAAUGCGACAGCAUACACGAGCGCACCAGCAAUCAGUAGGAGCUGGGAAACGCGGCAAGUCAACGCGCUCUCAGUUAAUGCCAGAGCUGUUUAAAUCGCCGCCGCCGCUAGGAACAACAGCCACGAGUAGCAGAAAGCUGCAGCGCAUCCUGGACAUCUGGCAGAGUGGCAGUGGCGUUGUCUGUCUGCAUGUCUUUCACAACAUUCUGCCUACGGAUGCUUAUACGAGAGAGGCGUCAAUUAUUGAUGCACUUGGCAUGCAGCAUUUGACGAAUCUGAAGCGUGGCGAUUACUACGGGCCGGCGCAGAUCUGGGCCAUGAAGCGGAAAAAGCAACUAGGCAUUGCACUGCUCCACAAGGCGAUGCAGAUUUAUUUGGCUGAAGGGGAAUCUCAAUUGUCGCCUAGUGAUUUGAUUUAGUUCAGCAAUAAGUACCAAGUACAAAGUGUAGUGCAAGCCAAAAUAUUUCUUAGCCGGAUCUCAAAAUGUAGCAUAAUUAAGCAAAUUCAACAAAUAAAUUCA